AUGGCUUCACCGGAGCGCAGUCGAGCUCAGUUUAGGCUGGCCGAAUCGAACAGCCAGGCCACCCACGACGAUACAGAACUCGUACAGUCCUUGAAUAAACUGUCACUUUCCACCUCACCUUUAAAUUCUUCAACUAGAAGAUUAUCAACCUCUCCAAAUUCCAAUGCGACUCCGCAACAACCUGCAAGAUUAUCUUCUGUUUCUCCUAGUACUAGAACAUCGUCUCGAAGUCCUCUGCACCGCUCUACCUCCAAUGGAUUGAUGACCCAAUCCCGCUCGUCAACUCCCUCCCUACUUAGAAAAUCCUCAAUGAAUUCUUUACACUCCGCAAACGGAAUUACACCAAGCCGUGCACCCUCCCGCCGCGGCAGCGCCGCCAACCUUUUAUCACCAUCCCAAUCGAAGCUCAUUAUGGAAGAAAAGCUACCUCCAACUGCCGCUCAGGUAGCAAGUGGGUAUUUACAGAAAGAAUUGGGAUUGCUUCACGGCAGCACCGUGGAGCAAAACCCAUCAGAUACCGUCGUUAUUCUUCACGACGCAUGCUAUGGCCACAGAUAUUCUAGGCCUAUCGGGGUCAGGGCGAACAUAAACGACAUUGUCGAACGCCCAGAGAGAAUUCAAGCCAGCGUUCUCGGUUUAUCCAUGGCCUAUAUUCGACUCGGGGAGCGUCAUUGCGACGGAAAAUACCCCAUCCACCCUCACCUCGACCCCCAAUCACUCCCUAGCGUUCCCUUCCAUAUCCGCAAGACACAGCGGAUCCUUUCUCUUACUUCUACGACCGUCACGAACGUCCACGGAACCCGGUGGAUGGAUGAGCUAAAGCUCAUGUGCGGCUCCGCGGAACAAAACCUUGCCCUCAAGGAAACCGAGGUACGCAGACCCGAGAUAAACCGGGGAGAUGACGGACCUCCACAGGAAUUCCAUAAAGGGGACCUGUAUUUAUGCUCGGAGUCCCAAAACGCCAUCGAAGGAGCCCUCGGAUCCGUUUGUGAGGCCGUCGAUGAGGUUUUCAACAACUCCUCCCACAAGCGCGCAUUCGUCGCAGUUCGUCCUCCCGGUCACCAUUGCUCAGCAUCGUACCCCUCGGGAUUCUGCUGGGUCAACAACGUUCAUGUCGGAAUAAUGCACGCAUUCCAGAACCACGGGAUGACCCACGCUGCAAUCAUCGAUUUCGACCUGCAUCACGGAGAUGGAUCCCAGUCUAUCACAUGGGAUCACAAUAAACGUAGAGAGGCAUUAAAGGGAAAUGCGGCGCUGUGGAAGAAGACAGCAAUCGGAUACUUUAGUUUGCACGAUAUCAAUUCCUUCCCUUGUGAGAAUGGCGACGAGAAUAUCAUCAAAAAUGCCAGCGUCUGUAUUGAGAAUGCGUAUGGCCAGUCAAUCUGGAAUGUUCACUUACAGGAGUGGAAGACACUGGAGGAAUUCUGGCAACUAUACCGAUCUAGAUACUCCAUCUUGUUCGAUAAGAUGCGAGUCUUUUUCCGUACCCAUGCAGAACGAUUGCGCGGUUCUUUGCAGACAUCCAAAGCGGCAAUAUUUAUAUCUGGUGGAUUUGAUGCGAGUGAGUGGGAAGGUGCCGGUAUGCAACGACACAAAGUCAACGUUCCAACCGAGUUCUACGCCAGAUUUACUAGGGAUUUAGUCAGAUUAGCUUCCGAAGAAGGUCUGGACAUUGACGGCAGAAUCGUCAGUGUUCUCGAGGGUGGAUAUAGCGACCGCGCUCUCUAUUCAGGUGUCUUUAGUCACCUAAGCGGCUUAGCUGGCAACGAACCUCUACCACCCAAGAAUGAAAUUCCCGCUGGACUUAGUCAUGAGAUGAGCAGUAUGAUUGGUUCGGUCAGCAGACGAAAUACAUUGAAUGGGAAUGAACUCAAGCUUAAGAUCCCUGGGUUCCCAUACGAUCCAAACUGGUGGUCCGCUUCCGAACUCGAUCUACUAGAUGCCACUAUGACCGAACAGCCUCUCGAGCUGUUGCCAAGAAAGCCUCGCAGUUUUACGCCCGGUAAUUAUUCUUCUCCUACGCAGGCGUCAAGCGCGAGGGCUAUUGAUCCUACUAAGGUGCGACGUACUGUUUCGGGACUUUCUUCUUCUACCCCGGCAGUGAUUAACCGACCACCGAGCCCUCCUCCCCCUGAUGUUCCCUGGAACGUUGCUGCUCAUGAGUUGAGCAAACUACUUAUACCGAACGAUCGUCAGAUCAACAGCUUUAAGCCCGAAGAGCUCAGGACUGCACCAACUAAGGUUAAACGCGAGCGUCAAUCCCUUGCGGACAACAACCAGACUAAUGACGAUACGGCUUCGGUUGUAGGUGGCACAAGAAAGUCUUUGCGGGAGAGAAAGCCGGUCAGUUAUGCCGAGCUUAAUGAUUCCGUUUCCCGCAGAAGAACUGUUGGCGGCCCAACAGGUCUCGCAACAGAGAAGGCAUUUGCUAGAGGUAUACCGAACAAAGCUGUUUCUGGGCCUGUGCAACCACUUAAUGGUGCAUCUUUGCUCGCAGCCAAUGGGACGAAUGGUGGAAUGCCCAGACCUUCAACCUCUCAAAGUAUACGCCCCGAGUCAUCGAUGAGUGUACGAAGCCAGGCGCCUACGUUGAAUGUUAAGAAGACCCGGCCAGGAGCACCCAGGAAGGAAAGCUCUCGAGCACCUAGAAAACCUCGAGCUGCAGCGACAACGACAGAGGGUGCACCUCUACAUGCACAGGAACCCGUUCCAUCCGCAGAGAUGCCGCCUCCUCCCGCACCUGCGGACAAUGAUCCUAUAGAGCCACCCCCCGGAGAAUUGAGCUCCCCUGAAACGGUUAUAAUUCGUAGGAAUGCAAAUAAGCAUUUGAUCCGCGUUUUGAAUGCGGAACAGAGGGAAGCUAGACGGAGAGCUGAGGCCGAGAGGGCGAGGACGAUGUCCUCACAAUCACAGAUACAGACACAAGUUCCACCGCAGCCGCAGCCGCAGCCAGUGGCCUCCGAAAAUGGCCUUGUCGCAAUGCUCGCUGCACAAUUUGGCGCUGCACGGAACAACGAUAGCAGUCCAAAUGGCCGUACCGGUUCUGGAUCAAGCUCAAGCUUGCCCAUGGAAACUAGUGACAAUGAUUUACCACCGUUACCUGAGGUCAAUCGGUCUAACUCUACAGGCGCGUCUACUACCUUUGCGCCCGUUAGGUACAAUCAGUCGCCACUCACAUCAAGUUCACCAGUUCAGCCGGCGCCGGGUCCAGCUCGACAGACGUCGAAUUUUAUACAUUACCAGCCUGAUGGCCCGCCACCAACCACUGUUCCGAUGUCACAUCCCGUCCAGAUUUUAGAGCCGAACACAGAUGUACCGGUCCAACGCGGCAGAACUUUGCAACCGGGCUUCGGCGCAGCCUCGGCACCGGCCACACCAGCUCGACAUGGCGGGCAUCAGUUCACCGCCACAUCCGAUAUUCCAUUUUCACCCCAGCUAGGUCAGGGGCCACGUCCGGCAUCGACAAGUCCUAAGCACAAGUCUGAGACGGCAAACGAAGGAGCCUAG